AUCUCUCUACCUCUCUCACGCACUCAAGUCUGCCUUACUCUCUCAAGCCUACACUCUAGUCUGCCCUACACAACUAUUUCCUAAGUUUACCCUACCUCAAGUAUGCAUCAAGCUACCGUCUUAUUGGUUGCGAUCCUCGCAGCCAUCAGUGUGGCCAUUGCAGAGCCUUUGCUUCCUAACGGUUACUAUCGUAUCUUCAAAGGGUACUAUCGCUUGCCCGCCAGGAACCGUUACUUCACUGCUUAUCCAGACGCUAGGUCUGGUUCCGUGAAGAUUGAGCUUAACAAUGAAGAUAAGCUUCAAGUGUGGCGACUCCGCAACCAUAGCAAAGACCAGGUGUCUCUUGAAGUCUAUGAUGAAGAUGCAGAUGAGAGCAAAUACCUCUCGGAAGGAAGAUCCGGAGCCCUUCCAUCAGCAAGCCUGGGUGUUACUAAGACUCGUCAAAAGUGGUUCAUUUCCAGAGUGGGAAGAGGCAGAUACAUCAGAUAUAAGCUCACUCACCCGAGAAAGUUCCGUAACCAGACACUUGUUGUCAGUGAGAGCAACACUUUUGAGGAGAAUGAUGACAAAAUGAACUGGGUUUCUUUCAAGUAUGAAAGCCAAACUAACUACACUCUGGCCUGGAGAUUUGCGAGAGUCUACCCCGACGACGACGAAGACGAAGAAGACAAGCAUAACGGCGACGGUGACAUGAACAACGGUGAGGACGACAUGAACAACGGUGAGGACGACAUGAACAACGGUGAGGACGACAUGAACAACGGUGAGGACGACAUGAACAACGGUGAGGACGACAUGAACAACGGUGAUGACGACCAACACAACGGCGAUGGUGAAGACGACAAGUAA